AUGCUCGCACGCGCAUUCACCGCGACCGCACCCGCCCUCAAGCAGGCCGCACCCACCCCGCUGCGUCGCACGCGCGACCCUCUCAUCGCCAGCUCGCGCGCCCACCACUUCCGCCUCGACGACUGUGGCCACCACUUUGUCGCCCGCCCGCCACCGAGCAUCCUCCCGCCCACCGUCCCCAUCCCGCACCCCUCGACCUCGACCCUCCCCGCCGCCCUCGCCAACUCGCCCUUUGCCCACGCCGUCGCAACCUCCCCUUUGCCCGCCGACUCGCCCGCCGCACCCCCCUCGGCCAACGACCACCGCCUCCCGCCCCUCCGCACCCCGGCACCCGUCGCGUCCGGCCGCACCGCGCCCCUCUCGUCCACCGAGGUCGCCGAGCUGCAGCAACUGCGCCGGUCCGCCCCGGCCCACUGGACCCGGUCCCGCCUCGCGCGCAAGUUUGGCCUCGCCCAGCAGGUCGUCGGCACCCUCGGGUGGGGCGACGGGCCCGAAGCGCGCAGGGCAGAGCGCGCCCGCCGCGACCAGGUCGACGCCAGGCAGGCAAAGGUCGAGCAGCGGUGGGGGUGGAAGAAGGAGAUUGCCCGAGAGGAGCGCAGGCGCAGGCGCACCAUGUGCCCGGCAAGCUGCCGCUCAUAG